AUGACCCUCUCCGGCGGAGGCAGCGCCAGCGACAUGUCCGGCCAGACGGUGCUGACGGCCGAGGACGUGGACAUAGAUGUGGUGGGCGAGGGCGACGAUGGGCUGGAGGAAAAGGACAGCGAUACGGGCUGCGAUAGCCCCGCGGGGCCGCCCGAGCUGCGCCUGGACGAGACGGACGAAGUACCCCUGGCGGCACCCCACCAUGGGCAGCCUCAGCCGCCGCAUCAGCAGCCGCUGGCACUGCCCAAGGAGGCGGCCGGAACUGGGACCGGGCCAGGGGGCGAGGCGGGCGCGCCCGAGCCGGACGGCUGCAAGAGCGGUGUUGGAGGCGAGGAGGGCAGCGGCGGCGGCGGGCCCGGUACGGGCAGCGGGGCGGCGGGUGGCCUGGCUCCGAGCAAGCCCAAGAACAGUCUGGUGAAGCCUCCCUACUCAUACAUCGCGCUUAUCACCAUGGCCAUCCUGCAGAGCCCGCAGAAGAAGCUGACCCUGAGCGGCAUCUGCGAGUUCAUCAGCAACCGCUUCCCUUACUACAGGGAGAAGUUUCCUGCCUGGCAAAAUAGCAUCCGCCACAACCUCUCGCUCAACGACUGCUUCGUCAAGAUCCCCCGUGAGCCGGGCAACCCGGGCAAAGGCAACUACUGGACCCUGGACCCGCAGUCCGAGGACAUGUUCGACAACGGCAGCUUCCUGCGGCGCCGGAAACGCUUCAAGCGCCACCAGCAGGAACACCUGCGCGAGCAGACGGCGCUCAUGAUGCAAAGCUUCGGUGCCUACAGCCUAGCGGCUGCAGCCGGCGCCGCGGGCCCCUAUGGUCGCCCCUACGGCCUGCAUCCCGCGGCCGCAGCGGGCGCUUACUCUCACCCGGCGGCAGCGGCAGCGGCGGCGGCCGCAGCGGCGCUCCAGUACCCGUACGCUUUGCCUCCCGUAGCGCCCGUGCUGCCGCCCGCGGUGCCGCUACUGCCCUCGGGUGAGCUGGGCCGCAAGGCGGCUGCCUUCGGAUCUCAGCUCGGCCCCGGCCUGCAGCUGCAGCUCAAUAGCUUGGGAGCUGCCGCGGCCGCCGCAGGCACGGCGGGGGCCACGGCGUCGCUCAUCAAGUCCGAGCCGAGUGCGCGGCCGUCGUUCAGCAUCGAGAACAUAAUCGGCGGGGGUCCCACUGCACCGGGAGGCUCAGCUGCGGGCGCGGGAAGCACCGGGGGCUCUGGGGGGGGCGGGAGUGCUGGGGGCGGCGGCGCUGCACAGUCUUUUCUCCGGCCUCCCGGGACUGUGCAGUCGGCCGCGCUCAUGGCCACGCAUCAGCCGCUGUCGCUGAGCCGGACCACGGCCACAAUCGCGCCCAUCCUGAGUGUACCGCUCUCUGGACAGUUCCUGCAGCCAGCAGCCUCGGCCGCCGCUGCCGCCGCCGCCGCCGUACAAGCCAAGUGGCCCGCGCAAUAGGGACGCGCAGGUGGUCGGGACACGGCCCAGUAGCGGCCCUGAGCGAAGGCUGCACUUCAGGCUGCGCGCGCCCUGACCUGGUCCGGGCCCCGACUCCCACGCCCAAUCCAAGACUCUGGUCCCCUGCUCAUUUCCUACCCCGCCCCUGCGACUCCCCAGCCCUGACCUUCAGCGGCCUCAACCCCCUCGCUCACACCUAGGCUGGCGGAGCUCUCACCGCGCGCUGGUCGGAAAGCUCCGUACAGGUAAAAUAGAAAUUUCCAAAACUAUACCCCGAUGGAGCCAGCUCUCAGUAUCGCGGGGAUGGUAGGGGAAUCCUUUGUACAUAUUUGUAUAAAAAGUAUUGACUUUCCUUUUGGGGUUUUUAUUUUUUUAAGAAAAAAAAAAAAAACACAAAUUCAGUAGAUUUAGAGCUCUGAACUUUCAUUUUUUUGAAAGUUCACUCUCCGCAGUUUUAUCUGAGAAAAAAAUGUAUAGAGACAUUGGGAGAUUUUAAAUAUAAAAAUUUUUUUCAAAAAAGCGAAAAAAGUGUCAUUCUAUUAUAGAAGUCUGUUUAUAUAUGAAUGGAUCUAUAUGGUACUCUAAAUGUUAUUCCAUCGUGUUGUACACAACUUUGUAAAUAAAUUUUUUUAAAUG